AUGCCUUAUGCAAGAACAAACCUUGAAGACACCUAUGGAGAAGACUAUGCCGACCUCGACAGCAUCCUCGAACAUGAUGGCCGUUUCACUCCUGGCUCAAACCACUCAUUACGCCGCCAAGGUUAUCGCAUUAGUUUCCGAAGCAUCGACGAUGAGGAAUUGCAGCGUGUUAUGCGCUCGCUCACCACACCUGUUCCUUCAACAAGGCAAACGAAUCACCAUGACGACGAUCUGCAACAAUACAAACAACGGCCUGACGAUGCCCAUUCGCUGAAAAGCGGUUCUUCGAGAGGAUACCACGACCGCAGUGAGAGUGUCAUGUUGUUUCGAAAGCUUAAUAGAGGUGAUGACGAAGUAUCCUUGGACCUUGUGUCAAGUGAGCUCAAAGACUUUAUUGAUCCUUCGUUACUUGAGGAUACAAUGUCACGGCCUGCCAGUCGUACGCCGAGUACACCAAAGAAGCCCUAUGAUGAAUCAUUUGAGCAACAACAGGAACAGCAUCUCAAACAACAACAACAACAACAACAACAACCACGCCAACCACAGCAACAACAUCUUAGACAGCCUUCGAUUCGAAAUGAUCGUAAACAUUCACUCGAUGCACGCUUAGUGAACAACAAUAGCCGUCAAAGUAUGAUUGAUAGACGACGUUCAGUGGCUGUUGUGGAGAGCGAGGAUGGCAAAGAGGGUCGCAUGAAUGCAAUGCUCAACAAGUCAGCUCGCAAAACAGAGGAACUUUUACAAGCUAUUCGUCGCACAUCCUUUAUCCGAGACUCUUCCGAACCGGUCAAUCAUGCGCCUAAACACUACACCUCGUUACGUACCAACCCAACAACAACAACAGCCGCGAAUUUGAAUAAGCGACAAAGCAUGGAUCUUGAAGUGCUUUUGGCAUUGAAAAAGGACACGGACGCUAUUCUUGAACGUAGAGCAUCCCUUUUAUCCAAAGCACGACCCAAUAAUCGACCUAUUAUCAAUGAUGGAGAUGAUGAUCCUCACCAAAUGCGUCGAGGUAGCACCAAUGGAGGAGAACAAAAUACUAGCUUUGAACAUCGAUAUCAUCAUCAACAGCCUCGCAUGAGAUCUACUCCAAGAAGCAAACUAUCCAGCAGCGACGAUGAUGCAGCAGUUGUUAGAGAUCAAAUGACAUCGACACUUAGCAGCAACACGACCACCACAACAUCUUCAGAUACAUCUUCCGCUUCUUCGUCAAGACGUGUACGCACUGUAUCCAUGCCAGAAAAACAUCGACUUUUAUCAUCAAAAACAAACGAAUUGCCUUUUGAGGAACCUGUGGUCAAUCUACGAUCACGUGCCAGUCGCAAUAUGAUGAUCCGUAAUCGUGAAAGCCGGCCCUCACCUUCAUCGUCUUCAAUCACCUUGUCUCGCGUAUCUGAUAGUUUACCUGAAACACCACCUGAAUCGGUUGUUGAGGAAAUCAAACCUUAUAGCAGCAACACCUCUUCUUUCAUCAAUAAUACCAGCACAACUUCCACCACCAAUGCACGAUCAUCAUCAUCUUAUCGAUCAAGUAGAAGGGUUACUGUAUGCGAUCCUGCUGUCCCAAACCUGAAUCAACAACAAUCUUUGCCACGUACAACUCGCAAUAGAUCAAGCACAUUAUAUGAUGAUCAGCCCACAGCAUCAUUACGAUCCAGCAGAAGGAACACUGUUUCAUCGGCUCGUCCCAAUCACCAGAUACCAGAAACAACCGAAGAAGAACCAUCCGUAGCUGAAAUGGCGAAUGAUAUUUUGACAAGCAUUCGACAACGUCAUUCAACAACAACAACAACACCGAGAUCCAGCACAGCACGAGUAGCCACCACUAGAGAACGAAGCUCCACAUUAUCCUCAGGAUCAUCACCAUCUCGCUAUAGUAGCAGUGUUCGAUCACGACGAAUGACUGUAUCCGGAAAUGAUAGUAUCCAUGACGACGACAAUGAAGAUUACGGCUUGAAAUUAUCCAGCAACAGUGCAACAAGACGAUAUAGCAGCCGGCCAUCACAACAUCAUCAAAGCACAGUACUCUACAGGUUGCCCCAUACCAGACAUAGGGAAUCUUUUGCUUAA